CUGGAUCGGAAUUCGGAUGGACCAACGCGAACGAAGGAAUAAACUACGCACUGCGUUUCGGUCAGUAGUUGUAGAACUAAUCUUUUGCAAAAAGCAAUGAAAAUGCAGAAUCUAAUCAGUGUGAUGAACCACAAAAGAAUCUUGUAGGAGCAAGCAGUAGAGGUAGACUGAAGACAGCACAGUGAAGAAUACCAUUAGAUCAUUAUUUUUCGUAGUGCUUGUUGUUGCGCUAGAAGAAGUAAACCUACACGCGUACCAAGUACAAUACGAAGUCUUCAGCCGGUACUUCUAGUUCUCCCUUCUCCGGUACUUCUCCUGUUUCUCGCUCGUUGAAGACAAUGGGCUGGUCGACUUCCUUGUGGCCAUGGCCUGAGGAUUUCAGUGCCCCUUUCUUCACUAGUUGUAACAACUACGAAGAAACGAGCUGUGGUACUAGACCUACUCCAAUGCGAACUAGUUCUAGUUCAUUCUUCACUAGUUGUAACAGCGAAGACCAACGAACAUCAUUUUCUCCUACAACAACAAGAGCUAGUUCAUCUAGUUCGUUCUUUUCUUCAUCUCCUGGGAGAGGCGGAGCAGGAGGAAGUAGAGGAUCUGGUCGUGCAUCAGCAAGAACGCCUCCUUCUGCUAGUCUUCCUUCAACAACUACGACUUCUUCUAGGUUUUCCACUUCCUUCUUCUACCCAACUAGAGAAAAGCCAGCUCCAGCACCGCACUUCGAAAGUUUUAAUACCCUAGGACCAGAUCCGCUUUCGGAUUUUCCACCUCCGCCUGGUGGGGAGAAGCAGAGCGAGGGUGUCUUGAAAACCAUACGAGGAGAAGAACUGGUAAAAAGUCAAGAUAGUGCCUUCAAACUUAUGGCCAACAUUAUACUAGAAGUUCAUAGCCUAGGUGUAUCCCUACAUGUUCAUGCAAAACAUUAUUAGAUAGAAGUGUCCAUCUUUGUUUCUGAUUCCGAGCAUCAUCUCCUUCUUGGUUGUACCACGACUAUCCUUUUGUUGUUAUCAUCUCUGUGGUACUACCUACGCUUUUGUUGUUAUCUCUAUGGUACUACCUACGCUUUUAUUGUUGUUCCCGUACUACUAGGACUAGGACUAGGACUAGGAGAACCAAACAACAAGGAGGACCAUCAAGGUAGUACAGAAAAACCCAAAAUGAUGGGCGGGGGACCAUCAUGAUGGGCGAGGAACCGACAUGAAUACAGAUUAAUAUUGUGUUGAUGUGAGUUAUCAUCGUGACGAAACACUGCGACGCCCUUUUGGCAGUCUGCGCUGUACUUUGUCCGAGUCAACUAAUGUUGUACUGUAGUGCCUUGACUCAUCUAACAAUAGAGACGACUCCAAAUUGGUAUGGGGUUGGAGUCAAGCCCGUAAUCCGAGUGACCAAUACGUGACGCACAGUGACGUCUUCACUCUAGACAACACGUGCUUUAGCGGGAGUCGAAGAUGCCCUGUGACAGUAAAUGGAGAGAUGACACCAGCCGAUGGGAAGGGAGUGGCGAGCACUGUAGUUAUGAAGGAUCAUGUCGAAUUUUUUCGAUUUUUACAACAAAUAGAUACUAAGUAACUUACCAGAAGACGAUUUUUACAACAAAUAGACACUAACUUACCAGAAGAUGAUAACAAUUAUACUUUCUAGGAUGUGGUGGAGAAAAAAGGGCUUCACACUGCGUCUAUAGUAUCUAUAUCCAAGGGCACUUGACUGCUAAUCAAAGAGGAGGCGCCACUGACGGGGCAGCAUCUUCUUUCCAGCUUCGCAAACAUCCGUUUUUCGACCAAGACGAGAACGAAAGGAGGCUGCAUCCGGCUUUUACCUUCAAGAAAGCACUGUAUGGCCCAGUCCGUGUGACAGUGAGGGAAGUCGGCUUUUUGUCCUUAGGCGGGAGCAAUCCUAGCGUCGCGACGAUCAGACGUAAACUGUCGAAUGUUGAAGGGUGGAAACACCAAUACUCGAAAACAGCGACUGCGGUUGCAAACGGGGAUGAUCCAAAAUUAAGACUGUUGGACUUCUUCCUUUUUAUGUAUUUUUGUUCCAUAAUUAGACGUGCUCCACCGGUACUAUGUAUCUGUAAUUCAUCUGUAUCUGGUACGGACCGACCAUGCUCCCCCUGAAUGGCUUUUAUAAUAUUUUCUCUCACAGAAUUCAAUCCCAAUAAUAAUAUAUUGAUGUUCUCGUCCAUGUUGUUCUUAUGUCAGAUUAAGGCAUUCAUUACACCUCGUUUCUUUCACUUGUCCUAAUCAAUAGUAAUUUCUGUGGCCUAUUUUCUGUGGACUUCUUCCUCUGUAUGUAUUUUUGUUCCAUACCAGUCAAGGGGAGAGAAACUGUAUAAGAGUGAUAGAUAAAAUGCCUAGCGCUAACAAAAGCACCUGUGGUACACUGGAAACAAGUCUACAUGAUCGGUCGUCUCGACCUCCAAUCAUGGAAUGAGGCUGUAUACCGAAAGAUUAUUCUGCCCCAUCGUCGAGCCCGUUUUCCGGAUGAUAAGUUAGCCGCACACCCACAACAAAUUCUCGAGUUUUUUGACGGGAACGAAGAUGACGGAGAAGCUUUCCCUGUUAAGAAGGGUCAUGGAUGUAGAUGCAGUACACCUUUUUUUGUAUUCAACAUCUGCACUAGAAGAACACUUAGACUGCGCUCGGAUCCUUUCUAAUUCUGCGUGUCCACUCAUUCUUCAUCUUUUCCGGUAGAACAAAUACAAAAGUAAGACGGGAAGGAUGUAGCUAGUCUAGAUCGGAUGAAUGCAAAUAGCACUGUAGAGAUUACAUAAUCUUCAAGCACAACAUCAAGCUGUUCUAAUCCGAUGAAAGAUGCGAGUUCUGGCAGUAAGAUGUUUGAUUUCUUUUUUGGAUCAUGGGGUGUUGCUCCAGCGUCAAAGAAGCCAGUUGGCUCCAGUACUAGUGGGACGUCUGGCACUCCAGCAUUCGAGAGUCGACCUCCACCUCUUUCUCAUCAUAAUCGUGCUUUUCUGAAAGGGGAUGAAUUUAAGGCUUCCUGUUCGAAUUUCUGAUCUUCUUUCAGUAGAGAGGAUGUAAGAACCAACGUACUUACAUCGAUCUUGGACAAGCCCCUGUCCCACAUUUCUGUGCUUGUUGAGAACUACUCCAAGAUGUACACCGAACUAUAAUGUGAAGAUGGGAGAAGUAGAUUACUACGCUCUAAGGAAUUAGCUCUAAUGAAUUAGCUCUACGUCGUAACUACGCUCUAAUGAAUUAGCUCUAAUGAAUUAGCUCUAAUGAAUUAGAUGGGGUAACUACGCUCUAAUGAAUUAGCUCUACGUCGUAAACUCGAUGUCCGAGAUGUGA